GACACACUCCCAUGGCCAUUAUGUCCUGAGCUAGGACUUUCUUUUAUUCUUUCAUGGUAUUUGGGUGUCAGUGGCCUGGCCAGCAAGUAUUUUCCAUCUAUAUUUGCCCUUGAGAAGAUGUUGGUGCGCUGUCUUGAACUGCUACUAGGGAGGGAGUUCCAAGAUUUUGACUCAGCAACAUUGAAGGAAUGAUAAUGUAUUUUCACGGCAUGAUGGUCUUAAAUGGUCCGAUCCACUAAAUUACUGUAACAUGUUGGCUCUAAAUUGAGAAUUCAUUGCCGAGGACAGGGAAAGGAAGGAACCCAAGGAAAGCAGUGUUGAUACGCCACAGUUAAUGACUUACUGUACAAGGCAGCUGUGAAAAAAGUCCACAGCAGGAUAAAAACAAAUGCAGAUUGGCAAUACAUUCUUCAGUCCACAAAUCUGAAAUGGAGGCGGAGGAGCCAGUGGCCCUGCAGGAAUUAGAAGGCAGGAUUACGGUUUACACUAUUACAGGAUGUCUUCAUUGCAUACGGGCCAAAGCUCACUUGAAUAAUCUGGGUCUCCCAUUUGUUGAAGUCAACGUAAAGGAAAGUCCUGAGAUACAUCAGCAGAUUAUCAAUCUCACUGGGCGUUUAACUGUACCGCAAAUCUACUUUAACAACAUCCAUGUUGGUGGAAACAAUGAUUUUGUGAAUUUGUCGAAAGACGAACUUGACAGGCUGAUUGACACAGUUAGAAAUAAUCCGGUACCUCCUGAUGCACCACCAAUCCCUGAACCAGAAACUGCUGUAAAAAAAGCAACUGAAGAGUUGAAAAGCAAAAGAGAUGAAUAUGCUGACCUGGUCUUGGAAUUUAAGGAAAGUGGUAUUAUUGGCAAUCACUGGUCUUGUCUAAAAAUGCAUCAAAACACCUUCACUGGGAAGAAAUUAAUCAACUGGCUGAUGGAAGUCAAAAACCUUGAAAAAGCUGCAGCAAUUGACAUAGCGAAAGAUUUGAUGGCCAAGAAGUUUUUAAGUCCUUUGAGUGCAAAAGAAUUUGAAGACAGUGACACUCUAUACAGAUUGAUAGAGCAUGAUUUUACUGCAUCACUAAACACUGGAUCUACAGCAGAGUAUGAUGCAGUUUCUGCUUCUAAACAUUCUGAAGCUAUGAGAGACUUAACUCUGAAGCUAUUCUCGGAACACAUUACACCUGAUGGCAAGUUUGUAGAUUACAAAUCCAUGGCGAACAGUCCAGUUUUUGAUGAGUACUGUGAACUUGCAACACAACUACAACGCAUGGAUGUUGAAAGCCUCACGAGGAAAGAGAAGAUAGCUUUCUUCAUCAAUAUAUACAAUGCAUUAGUGAUUCAUGGAAAUAUUAAACAAGGAUCACCAAAAAAUAUGUGGCAGAGAUAUAAAUUUUUUAAUUCUGUAAGUUACGUGAUUGGUGGAGAAGUCUAUACAUUGCAAGAUAUUGAAAAUGGUGUACUUCGUGGAAACCGAAAAGGCAUUGCUCAGAUAUCGAAACCAUUCUCAAAGGGUGAUCCACGUCUUAAGAUUGCUUUGGAGGAAGUAGAACCACUCAUCCACUUUGCUUUAAACUGUGGAGUCUUAAGUUGCCCUCCAGUCAAGACCUACUCUGCCAAGCAUAUUAUCAAGCAGCUGGAGCUUUCAGCUGCAGCUUUUCUUGAUGGUCCCGAUGGCUGCCAAGUUGAUAUGUCCAAAAAGGAAGUUCGCUUGAGCCAAGUUUUCAAGUGGUACAAGAUUGAUUUUGGCGGAACAGAUGAAAAGCUAUUGAAUUGGGUGUUGGAGCACUUUGGAGACUCACCAAAGAAGAAAGCACUAAAAGAACUCUUGGCUCAAGGGGACGUCAAAAUUACAAACCUUCCAUAUGACUGGUCUUCAAAUGCUAAAGACUGAUGGCAGGUGGAAGCAGAAGUUAUUGACUGCCUGUGGUGCACAUUCCAAGCAACCCACUACAUGUGCACUGCAUACCUUCUGAAAUAGUGACCAAAUCUCUUUUGAAUAGAAAAUUUAAUAAACUUCUAGGAAUAACCUGGAAUUGAUUAUAUUACUUGACUUUGAGCCCAGAUUCAAGCAUUACCACUAAAAUUCUAUAACAUUUUGCAAGGUUUUUAUUUUCUUUUUUUUAAAGGAGUCUGUCAGGACAACUGCAAGGGAACCUUUUCACUUUGUUUUCUCCUUCUCAUACUGGGGUCUGAUAUGAAAUUGCAUCUUUUUCUCAAACGAAUAGUCUUACCAUUUGUGUUAUCGUCAAUCUCUUCAAAUAAUGUGUAUGGGAAUAUAGAAACUUAAUUGCCCUUUAAUAAUUGUUUAUCAACUAUCAAAGGUUAUAAGGGAUGAAUUAUAAUUUCUAAGUAUUGUUUUUCUACAAGCUUGUCUUCUGAACCAAAAUAAAGUCAGUGCGAAGCAA